GCGAUUUUCACGAUCAUCAAAUCGCACCUGUCAAAUUAAUUAGCAGACGCUUUGCAGGAAGAUAAACAAAUAAAUGAUGGAAGAAAGUGUCUCAGAAAAGUUGGAUGAUGAUGUUGACCUGAGUUCACACCAGUCGUCCCCCUCUCGUCUCUCAGCUGUCCCUUUCAUUCCAAAAUUUCGAGUGACAGUCCCUGAGGCAGUGAAAAAUGGAGAAAAUUUACAGUUUACUAUCAAGGUUUAUAAGUGGGAUGAUGACCGGGAGGUAUCAGAAGUUGAGAGGGACUACGGGGAUAUUGAGUGGCUUCACCACAACAUCAUCACACAGAAUAACAUUGAUGGAAUUAUAGUUCCUCCCUUGCCCCAUCGCCCAGAGGUAGAUGCAAAGUCAGCCGAGUCAAAGUCACGGAAACAGUUGGGUAACGACUCCAAGAUCGUCAUUCCUGAUGAGUUCUCCAGGGAUUGCAGACAGAUAGAAAAGUACCUUCGAAUGCUGCUUGCUCAUGAGUCGUGUGGAAAAGAUGGAAACAUUGAAAAGUUCCUUUGUGAGAAAGAGGCUCCAGUGAAAACAAAGGUGAAUCAUGGUUUCUUCAGUCGAAUGUCAUCUGCAGUGGAGACGGCUAGGAAAGAACAUCAUCGGGAUAUUGAUGAAUACUUCACAAAGAAAAGGGAAUGGUGUAGCUCAUAUUCGAAGGCAAUUAAAGAAAUGUCUGCAGAUUUCAACAAAAUGAUCAACACACAACACAGACUGGCAGGAGGCUAUGGCGAACUAUCCACAGCCUUACAGCAGGGUGGGGUAAACAGGGAUCUACCCACCUUAACAAUAAACAAAUACCUUACCAGACUGUCUGAAGCAACAGAAAACACCAAGCAUGGCCUAGAAGUGUUGUGUAAGAAUGAUGAGACAACACUGGGUUUUCAGCUUGAUCUGUACUCCAGAUAUAUUGACUCUGUAAAGGACAUGCUGUUCCGGAGGACGAGGCUGCUCGUUGACUAUGAGGAUGCCAACAAGGCAUUGGACAAGGCUAAACCAGCCAAGAGGACAGCUGCAGAGGAAGCGAAGCAUGAUGCAGAGACCAAGUAUGAGAUGUGCUGUGAUAAUGCCAGGAGAGAGUUCAAGCUGUUUCUGCAGGCUAGAACGCUGGCGUACCAGGAUGGGCUUGUGUCAUAUGCCGAGUCCCAGGUCAAAACUGCACGUGAUACUUACACCCUGCUCGCCAAAACUAUGACUGUCUUAAAACAGACUGAUGGCUGAUCAGUGGAAAUGCUCAUGUAUAUAGAUUAUAUCAAUUUUGUGCAAUCAUUUAAACAACUUAAAAUUCUUCUGUGAUUCAAGAGAAAAAGUGGACCAUUCAUUCACUUGCGAAGUAUGAUUUUACAGCAAAAGUAACUUUUUGUGUACUGUUGUGUACUGUCAAAGACCAAUCAGUCUUGAUCGAAUCAAAUGUUUAUAAGUGUAGCGACAUAUGAAGGUUACAAUUUCUGCAAGCUCUUGGACUGUUGAUUGAGUCAGAUUUUUAUAUAUUUAUAUUGACAUUGCCCUAGUUUUUCUAUAAAGAAAAAGUGGCGCUCAAUUUUUCAUAAACCAAUCAGACUUACGAUGCCUAAUAGUGAUCGUUGUUUAAAAUAUCAGUAAUUUUUUCUCACAGACAUUAAAUGCCAAUUAUUCUAUUAUUUAAAAACAAUGAAAACAGACCUCGCAGUUCAUGAGAUUUGCCAUUUUGACAAGGGCAUUCAAGAUUGCAUGAAUUGAAUAAAUUUUAAUCCUUAAAGAAACCUCAAUGGUUGUUAAUUGAUAAAGUCUAUUGUAGCAUCAUUCAAAGAAUUAACUCAUAAAUUAACGCGAGAUAAGUUGAUUUCUGGAAUUUUCUUCAGGGCCUAGAUAAUUCAUAGUUAUAACUACCUGUGUAUACUUAUACAUUUGAACAUUUUGAUAUAUUUUUUGUACUUUACAAAUCUUAUCAAUGUCAGUCAACAAUAUUUAUACCAUAUAUGUAUGUAAGAUUUUAGAAUUUAUAGCAUUCCAUGUGAUUGUGUUCAGUAAUGACAAGUCAAUAUUACAAAGUGCAAUACUAAUUAAAGUUUAAUAUGA